AUGGAAAUCAAUAAUGUUGCCAAAGGUAAGCCAACUGUUCAGAGUUCAACCUACCACGACGACACCGGAAAGAAUUACGACCCUGACAUAGCAGUUGACGGUCAACCGAACAGUGUAUUUGACACCUGUUUAUUUCAACACACAGAUUUUCCUGACAUUUAUCCCUGGUGGCAAGUAGAUUUACAGGGUAUUCACCUUGUGUGGAAUGUCUCUAUUCUGAACAGAGAAGACUGCUGCGAUGACCGUCUUCACGAGCUAGAUAUUCGUGUAGGCCUUACUCCAAUCAGCCACCCUGCGCACAAAAAUAAGUUGUACGAAAAGAAUCCGUUAUGUCAGCAUUAUUCUGGAGCCGGGAUUGGGGCUGGAGAAUGGGCUCACUUCUCCUGCCAUUUUCAGCCGGUUAUUGGCAGAUAUGUUACCAUUCAGAUCGUACAAUUCUGUCCCACUUGCAAGGAACCAGACCACAACAUUUUGACCAUGUGCGAAGUGAGAGUGUUUGGGAUUCGCGUGUAG